AUGAGAAAAUGCUCUGAGGCACUGCAGAAGGGUAUCAAUCUCGGAUCUGGACGCCAGAGUGUAGCGGGUACUACAGCGGACAAUGUCAUCGACGGACUGUCCGUGACACCAGUGUCAAAUCAUGAUGUUCAGCUACAGCAACUUCCCUUUCAGCCAGAAGUUUUGCAACAGCCGGUCGACUUCUCCUUCGAGGCGAUGUUUCUCGAGGACACACUCUUGCUGCAGAAUUUUGCUUACAACCACUCUGGACUGACAGAACCAUCGACGCCAACGCACAGAGCACAGGUCUUGCCCGCUUUACCUCCAACUGGGCUCGAUGCUUUACAAGCAGCGGUCAGUGACGCCGGGUCGCCUGCGCGAGCAGACAGAAGCGUCCAUGACGCCCUUCAAAUCACGGCUGCCGAUCUCCAGGGGUUUCACGCAAAUCUAGACCGAGCUGACCCGGCUGGUGACCUCCAGGACUUCCGGCGACCGACUCUAUCUCGUACACUAAGGUGUCUGAUCGCAUAUUUCCAGCAUUACGACCUCCACACACCAAUUGUUCAUUUCGCAUCGUUCAAAAUCUCGGAUGCUCAUCCUUCCUUGGUCCUCAUCAUGAUCGCAAUUGGCGCAGCACACUUGUCCGAGAAUAAGUUUGCAGAGUCAGCUUACGAAUCGUGUUGUAUUCUACUCGCGCAGCACGAUAAAGCAAUGCUACGGGCUCCAAAUCCCGCCUUCCAGCUUUGGUAUGCACAGGCUGCAAUACUCGCUGCACAAUACGGGGCCUGUACCGGCGAGACUGAGCUGUUCUAUCGAGCGCAACAGCAUCUGGGCUGUGUACAAACUGCGAUAUAUCGCAGCCUGCCUGAGCUCCACACUGCGCGGGGCAAUCCCGUGGAAAGUUGGGCAGCAUGGAUAUUUCUUGAGUCGUGCAGCCGCAUCAUUUCAUGGAUGUUUAUCAUUUCGAGCAUGCUUCUGGCGCUGGACCAUUACUCGACCGCGAUUCUGCCACCGAUGCCGUGUUCCAUGCCCGCCCCUUCUGAUGAAUCUGCAUGGCACGCUGUCUCCGAGCUGGAGUGGAAAAUAGCGAUGCAGACACAGAUCACGCCCGAUACAGAUCUCUGGACCAUAGCUCAGCAUGUAAUGUGCGGCCAGACUCCACCAGCAGACUGUGGCCGUAUUAGUGCCUUCACUCUCCUUGCACUGAUUGGAGCAAUCCUGGCAACGAUCUGUACUCGUCAACGACUGACUGUGGACACGAUAGACCAAUUCCGAAUUGAGCAUAUCUCGAAAAUGGAGAAGGCGAUAUUCGUCUGGGAAGCGCUCUGGCGUAGCCAUCCGCGCACAGAACGGAAUAUGGCGAGACUAGAUGACCCUCUGUUAAACGACUGUCUGAGUUUGCUCGGCUCAGCCAACUAUCACCUGUACCUCAACGAUGAGCUGCACACGCUGAAAAAGAUCGCAGACAACCCUAAUGCUGAUAUACCCCUGCCGGUGUGCAGCGACAAAGCAAGUUGUCACAAGGUAAUAAAAUUUGCCACGAACAGCUGGCUAGUCAGAGCUAAGCUUGGCAUCACGUACCUCAACAAGACUGGUGGGCUAUCCCUGGCUCUCAAGCUUUACUCACAGCCUACGAAAGUGCCAGCUUUGAUUCUGGCCUGGUGGCUCCAUAUCGAGGGCAACAUCGUUCCGCGGUCUGGAGAAGCCCUACUGGCCUCGACACAAGACGCUGCCGGAGCAGCUGCCAUUCAGCGCAUGUUUGAAGAAAUUUUGAGCGAGCUCGAUGAGCAGGGAAUUUACUAUGAUGAAUCUGGCAAUCCAGCUCUCAGUCCCAUUGACUUUUACGUGUCCGUGCUUGAUGGACGGGUAUGGAAAUGUGCAACAACAAUGGAGACACGUCUUCGCAACUUCGCCACCCGACUGAAAUCAGAAGUCUAG